CCUCGAUAAAGACCCCAUCCCACCCCACAAUCCAGCCCUACCGCCGCUCCACUCCCGAAACCUCAAGCACAGGUUCCACCCUCAAUCUACAGUACGCUACGAACCACCUCAACCACAUCCCAUCCACCAACCCAGAACACAAGCGAAAGCGAAUACAAGAUGCCUCUCUGGCAAAUCUACCACCAACGCGGGACCUUCCAAACCGCAUCCGAGAAAUCCGCUCUCGCUGCCGCCAUAACAACCCUGUACACUACCCUCGGUCUCCCGGCCUUCUACGUGGUGGUGCAGUUCCAUCAGCUGGACGUGGAAGACCUCUUCAUCGGCGGGGCACUCGCCACAGACCAGGAACCCUUCGUCCGGAUCGUCAUCACGCACAUCGCCAUCCGGCUGCCGGACGCCGAUGAAGCGUAUCUCCGGACUACCGUGGGAAUCAACGAGGUGUUGAAAACCCAUGUUUUGGAUAAAGGAUAUGGGGUUGAGUAUCAUGUUGACGAGACGGAGCGGCGGUUAUGGCGGAUUAAUGGGAUGGUGCCACCUCAGUGGCGGAGUGAAGAGGAGAAGGUGUGGGUGAGGGAGAGUCGGGCCGUGGAGUAUCCGGGGGCGUUUCCUGAGGGGGAGGGAGGUUUGUGAUUUGGGAGUAUUAUAGGAGGGAGGAAGGGAGGCAAUGGUUUGAUGGAAGACAUGGUCUGUUUUAUUGUUGUCUUCUAUCUAUCUAACGUCUUGUUCGUGUAGUCAUAAUCUUCUCUCA